AUGGAAUUUCAUUACGACGCCGACUAUCAAUAUCAGGCAGAGAUACAGAAUGCAGCUAUUUGGCCCUCGCAGCUGAUUUACAGACCACAAGACGAGUCCUCUGCACUACAGAUUCCCGGACUGAAUGAAAUUGACCCUCGGAGUGAUCAGAGUUUCUGCUCGACAGCUUCAUCAAAUUCUACUUCAAGUCGAGAGAAUCUUGCGCUUGAGCGUCGAAAACAACGAAGAAUAAGAACGACAUUUUCAACCGCUCAGCUGAGAGAAUUGGAAAGAGUAUUUCACGAGACGCACUAUCCAGACAUCUACACAAGAGAAGAUUUAGCCAGCAGAAUUGAUCUAACUGAAGCUCGAGUUCAAGUUUGGUUUCAAAACCGCCGCGCAAAGUUCCGGAAGCAGGAGAAACUUUCAAAAGCGAAAUCGCCCAGCGAAAAAACAGGCGGCGGUGCGUUGAUGAGCGAAGCUGGCGCCGCGGGCGAUGCCGCUGCCGCUACAGGGGCACUCGCCGGAAGCGGUGCGAGUGCCGCCUCGAGUGAUGCCCAAGUCAAGCUCAGUCCGAAAACGCCAAAGUCAUCAUCGCCAAAGACUGAAGCUUCAACGAUUCCAACUCCUCCCACAGCUGAUCAUGUCUCAUUCGCCUCUCCCUACAGCAUCUACUCAUCCUACGAUCCGUUUUCCAUGACUUCAGCUGCUUAUGGAACUUCUAGACAUCUUUACGAAGAGCAUAUGCGCCAAUAUUCGUCACCAUCUUCUCUAAAAACUGAGCUUCCACCUGAUCUACCCGUUCAAAGUCCUGUCUAUCGUGAUGAAAAUUGA